AUGUCUCAGGACCUGGGAGCGAAGCGUAUACCAGGCCACACUCUGGCGAAGAACUUUGGUGUGGAGUAUGUGAUCCUCUAUCCCUUCGAGGACCAGGAUGCCGGCAGACAGCUGCAGAGGCUGCUUCGGUCACUGUAUAGUGUCGGGCUGGAGGCAGCGGUGCGUCCUGGCAAGGGCCAGAGUCUGGUUGUCCUCGUCAAGCCCAACGAGGAUAAGUUGAAGGCGAUGGCACAUAGAACGAGAACCAAGGACUGGCUGUAUGGUGUGCGUACCGCACAACCCGCCAAGGGUGCCCAUGAUACCCAGGGAACGCAGUGGACGGAGGCAGAACGCCUUCGCACAAUAUACGACAUGAUGACCCUCCCACGUACAGACGGUGGAGCAGACAUCACCCCCGGAUAUGGGUAUUGGAAGCAUGUCAAGUCGAUAUUCCCGCUCCACGACCAUGACCUGAACCGCGAGUGGAUCAAGUCCUGGAGCCGCAAAACGCUGCUGGACAAUAGUGACCUGGAGCAGAUACGACUGAAGCUGGGAGAGAAAGUAGCCUUCUACUUCACCUUUUUGCAGACAUACUUCCGCUUCCUCAUGGUUCCUGCUGGUCUGGGCCUGUUCUGCUGGGUGUUUCUCGGUCAUUUCUCGAUAUUCUAUGCCAUGCUGAACUCGCUGUUCUGUCUUGUGUUUGUAGAGUUUUGGAAGAGACAGGAGAUUGAUCUGCGCCUAAGGUGGCAGGUAAAGGGGGUGUCGGAGAUCAAGGCUCGGAGAAAGGAGUACAAGCAUGAGAAACAGAUCAUUGAUCCGAUUACGGGUGAAACAGUCUAUGUGUUCCCGGCCUCCAAGCGUCUGGCUAGGCAAUUACUGGUAAUUCCAUUUACUAUGGCAGUGGUAGUUGCACUCGGCACUCUGAUUGCAACAUGUUUUGCCAUUGAGGUCUUUAUCAACGAAAUCUACUCCGGUCCCUUCCAAACAUACCUGGCAUUUGUACCCACAAUCAUACUGUCACUCUGUGUGCCGACCAUCAGCGCGAUACUGACAAAGGUCGCGACCCAAUUGACGGAAUAUGAGAACUAUGAGACGCAAGACAGCCAUGAUAUUGCACUGACACGCAAAGUCUUCGUGCUCAACUUUGUCACUUCCUACUUACCUAUCUUUCUAACAGCAUUUGUAUAUGUUCCCUUUGCACCCACUAUUGUGCCGUACCUGGAUGUCUUCCACCUCGCCGUCAAGCCCUUCCAUUCAGAUGAGAAGGGAACAGCAGCAGCAUCAGCAUCAGCUGGGAUCAAGGAGUUCCGCAUUAACCGAGCCCGACUGCGCAAGCAGGUGAUCUACUUUACUGUGACUGCUCAGAUAGUGAACUUUGCCCUGGAGACGGUGGUACCCUAUGUGAAACGCAAGUUCUUCCGCAAGUAUGAGGAGAUGUCCGAGGCAAGGAAAAACAAGGACGACAGCAAGACAUCAUCGUCAUCUUCUACUGACCUUCUACUGGAAGAUGUACCGGAAGAGGCCGAGUUCCUCAAGCGGGUACGAAACGAGUCUGAGCUAAACGAUUACAACGUCACCGACGACCUGCGCGAGAUGUGCGUGCAGUUCGGCUACCUAUCUCUCUUCUCUCCCGUGUGGUCUCUGGUACCCGUCUCCUUCCUGAUCAAUAACUGGAUUGAGCUGCGCUCGGACUUUGUCAAGAUCUGCAUCGAGCACAAGCGUCCCACACCCUUCCGCGCCGACUCCAUCGGUCCCUGGCUGGACUCGCUCAGCUUCCUAUCGUGGCUGGGCAGUCUGACGAGCGCAGCACUGGUGUAUAUGUUUUCAUCCGCAGCUGGGGACGGCAGCGGCAAGUCUCACGACGAGAUCAAGGGCUGGCUGCUGCUGCUGACAGUCUUUUUCUCUGAGCACAUCUACCUACUCGCCCGUCUGGCCGUGCAGGUCGCCAUGUCCAAGCUGGAGACGCUCGACACUCGCCGCGACCGAGCCGAGCGUUACCUUGUGCGCAAGGCCUACCUUGACCGCGCCAGCAGCCGCCAGGCAAACGAAAACGACACCGACGCAGACAAUCACCAGCCCCGAGAGGAGAUGUUAACCGGGGUUCAGGCUGGCGCAGACGACGACUUUGACGAGCUAGGAAGCGACUACGUGGAAGAGGAGAUCGGGCAGAUCACCCGCGAGUCACUUGAGGAAGACGCACGCAAGUUCAGCACGCCGGACGCGAGUCCGUCGGAGCUCUUCUGGGCGCGGCAGCGAGGGUGGAAGGAAUCUGCCAGGAUCGGGGCUGCCAUUAUCCAGGCAGGUACUCAGAAGGAGACCAAGGAGGACAAGGAGACCAAGAAGAGCCAAUAG